AUGUCAUCUGCUACUACUGAUUACUCCAUCGCUAAUUCCGAUGUUGUCUCCAAAUAUAAGACUGCUGGUGAAAUCGCCAACAAGGUUCUUGCUCAAGUUAAAGAACUUGUUGUUGCUGGUUCUACCACUUAUGGAUUAAGUGUUAAAGGUGAUAAACUCUUAGAAGAAGAAUUAUCUAAGAUUUACAAUUCUAAGAAAGCUUCCAAAACUCCAAAGGGUAUUGCUUUCCCAACUUGUGUUAACCCAAAUCAUAUUCCAGCUCAUUUAGCUCCAAUUAGUGAACAAGAUUCCGCUAACAUCACUUUGAAAGAUGGUGAUGUUGUUAACAUUAUGUUAGGUGCUCAAAUUGAUGGUUUCCCAUCCAUUGUUGCUGAUACUGUUGUUGUUGGUGCCUCUAAAGAAAAUCCAAUUACGGGUAAAAAAGCUGAUUUACUUCAUGCUGCUUGGAAUGCUUCUGAAGCUGCUAUCAGAACCUUAAAACCAAAUGCUAAGAAUUGGGAUGUUACCAAUGUUAUUUCAAAAGUUGCCAAAGAUUUUGAAACUAGUCCUGUUGAUAGUAUGUUAAGUCAUAAUCAAGAAAGAAAUGUUUUAUAUGGUCCAAAAGAAAUCAUUAUUAAUCCAAGUAAACAAAAUAAAUCUCAAGUUGAAACCGUUAAAUUCGAAGAAAAUGAAGUUUAUGGUUUAGAUAUUUUAAUUUCAACUUCUGCUGAUGGUAAAGUUAAACCAACUGAUUUUAGAACUUCAUUAUACAAAUUAACUGGUAAUUCAUAUUCUCUUAAAAUGAAAUUAUCUCACAAAAUCUUAUCUGAAUUCAAAAAUAAAUGUAACAAUCAACCAUUCCCUUAUAAUAUCAGAAACUUGGAAGAACCAUCUAAAUCAAGAGGUGGUUUAGCUGAACCAACCAAUCAUAAGGUUCUUUUAGCUUAUGAAGUUGUCAGUGAAAAAGAAGGUGAAUUCAUUGCUCAAUUCUUCACUACGGUUGCUAUUACUAAGAAUGGUAUUGUUAAAUAUACUUCUCCAUCAUUUGAUGCUGAUCUUUAUAAAACUGAAAAGGAAAUCACUGAUGAAGAAGUUAAAGCUACUUUAGCUCAACCAUUAAGAGCCCCAAAGAAGAAAGCCGCUCCAAAAGUUGAAGCUUAA